GUGAAAAAAUGCGCUCAAAACGAUCGCAGUAGGUAAUCGCAAAGAUUUUGGAUGGUUGAAAUUUUUUGUUGUCAUUGCGGAAUUUUUCUAAGGCCAAAAAUAUGUCUCUGGAUUUGACCCUGGAGGCGGGCGAGGAGAUGCGUUUCCUGAACAAGGUUAGCCGUCUGGUCCGGCGAUUGGAAAAGAAAACGCACUUCACGCACCGGGAGCUGGAGGUGUGCCUUUUGAUUUACCACAAGCUGUCCAAGGACGAGGAGGACAACAAGGGACAAGUCUCACGUCACCAGCUGGACACUUUGUUCGAUAGUGCCUUUGGGAUUUCGAACGUCGAAACAGUGGGGAGAAUUUGCUGCGCAUUGGACAAAGGUGUGACCUCGUUCAUGACUAUGGAGGCGUGGGCGAAAAUGUUGUCACUGUUUUUGAAGGGAACAUUCGACGAAAAGAUUGAACAUUGCUUCCGGUCGUACGACAUUGGCGGAGAAGGAAUACUGCGACGGGAGCAUAUGAUGGUUUUGUUGCGGAGUUGCUUUAUCAAACAUCAAGAGGAAGAAGUCGAAGAGUCAGUCAAAGACAUGGUUGAAAUCCUCAUCCGACGAAUGGACAUCGACCGAGACGGGGCCAUUUCCUUGGACGAUUUCCGGGAAUCCGUACACAAAUCUCCUGAACUGCUGGAAUGUUUCGGACAGGCACUUCCUGAUCGAGCUCACGUGUAUGCCUUCUCAAAAACCUUCCUGGAUCAAACCGUUGAGUUUUAACUUCUUGUUCAGUUAAGAAAAAAUCCCAUAAAAAGUAUUAAAACUGUUCAUUUGUACCA